AUGUCUUCCGACAACACUAUGACCGUAACCCUGCACCAGCUAGCUAGGAUGAUUGACCACUCACUCCUGCAUCCCACUAUGACAGACAUGGAGAUCAUCGCGGGACUGAAUAUUGCCAAAGAAAAUAAUGUUGCCACGGCGUGCAUCAAGCCCUACUUGAUUCCGCUGGCCCUGAAGGAACUGGCUGGCACGGACGUCAAAGUAUGCUCGGUCAUUGGCUUCCCUCACGGCAACAGUACCACUGAGAUCAAAGUGCUCGAAGCCACCACGGCCGUUGAGGCUGGCAGCCAGGAAAUUGAUAUGGUCAUCAAUGUGGGCAAAGUCCUCAGUGGCGAGUGGGACUAUGUGAUCCAGGAGAUUGAUGCGAUCAACCAAGCCGUUGUGCAGCAUGGAGCGCUGCUCAAGGUCAUUUUUGAGAACGACUACCUUGAGUCGGGGCACAUUGUGCGGCUGUGUGAGAUUUGUACCCAGCUUAAGGUUGCUUUCGUGAAGACUUCCACAGGGUACGGGUUUGUCAAGCAGAGUGAUGGGUCGUACAACUACCAAGGUGCGACCGUACCGGAUCUGAAGCUCAUGCGGAAGCACUCGGGCCCCGAUGUGCAAAUCAAGGCUGCUGGAGGAGUUCGAACACUAGAUGAUUUACUUCAUGUAAUGAGUCUGGGGGUGACGCGCAUUGGGGCGACGGCUACCGUGGCCAUUCUAAACGAGGCGAGCCGACGGGGAAUCAAUGAAAAGCCAACGACGGUGGAAUUCAAGCCUAUGCUAGAGCAGUCAAGCGGAGGAUACUGA